AGCCGUUGCCAUUGUGAUUGGGGACAGCGGCCUCGUUGAGCCAGGAACUCAUGUCGAUCGGAGGGCGAGGGCGGCAACGGCAACAAUCGGGCCCAUCAGUGUGAAUUCCUUGCAGCGCCGUCAGCGACCACGAAAUUCAAGCAGAAGAAAUGCGAUCCAAUAAGACAGCGACAAAAUGGAGAUGGGUAAGGGUGCGGCGGCGGCUCGUCGCGAUGGAGCAGUCGCGUCGCGGUUGUGUCGGGGAGAGCAGUGUGCAGUGGUUUAACGGGGCAGGGACGGAUUGCUGGCUCUUUGGGGCGCUGGCCUUGCGCCGCUGCUGGGGUAAGGGGAUGGUUGGAUCCACUCCCCUCCCAGAACGAGCAACAAGAAACCACGGGGGCGGAAGCCAGGAAAGUGAAGGCAAGCGUCGUAAGCACGACGGCCGGCACCCGACACCGACAACCGUCUCGGGGGAACAGCACCAACGGACCAGACACCGGGAACGGAGUGGAGGCGAUCGGGUUUGGGGAAUCCGUAUUAUGACAUACAAAUCAGAGAGGGACGGGGAUGCGAGUCCCGUGGAGCGCGCCGCGAGAAAAUUUCGCAGGAAGGUUCCCGGUGUCGCCAGCUUCCAGCCAGCAAUCAGCGCUCGCACGAUCUCGAUGCCGUCGACCCGUGCAAUGCACUGAGACAAUCACGAGACCGAUAACUAGUAGGAAAGGACCCGAGCGGCAGGCCAGGGUGGAUAGUGUGGGAGCUGGAGAAACGAAGGGCUGGUCUU